GUUCUUUACUUCGUCUAGAAGUUAUAGGUUUUAAGGGAUUUUAUUAUAUCUUUUACAAAAUUGCUUGGCAAAACCAAUAACUGACUGCUAAUUUGGCUUUCCACAGCUUCUUUAAGCAGCAAAUCUGAUCCUUUAUGUUAUAGUGAGAAAGCAAUUGUUCAAAUCGUAAUAUCUAACCAGCAACGUAUUUUCAGUUGUACUUGUCAGAGAUAUUUUAUUUUAUUUUAUUUUUUUCUUUUUCAAAAACAAAACCAUUAUCUUGUUAGAUUUGGCGCAUUGUUGUGACACAUCUUGAUGAAUUUAAGCUCUGGCUUUCUUUAUCUGACUUCAUGUCGUUUAUGAGGUUAUAUAAAUAAGACUUAAUAUGAAGUUGAUUAUAUCUGAUAGAGAGAGUAUGUUGGCUUCUAUUUUGACAAAAUCAACUAGGAAGAUACUAGUACGAUAAUAGAGAAAAAGAUGGAAAGAUUUAUUGAAUUUCUAGGCUGUUAGGUAAUUUACCCAGUUUGCUUGGAUUGUCAUCGCUUGCAUUGAAGAUCCAAACUUUCUUAUUUUAAUGGCCUCAUUAUAAUCUAAAUAUGCAAAGCAUCAGUGUCAACGGACAAAUAUUACCGAUUGAUUCAGCAGUAUUUGAAACACCAAGCAACCGAGGAACCAUAAUUGAUUCUGGUACUACUUUGGCAUACCUUGCAGAAGAAGCUUAUAAUCCUUUUGUUGAUGCUGUAGGUUUGCAGUGUUGCUGAUAUUUUCCCUCAAGUUAGUUUGAACUUUGCUGGUGGGUCGUCCAUGGUUUUAGGAUCUCAAGACUAUCUUGUACAGCAGAAUUCAAUUGGUAGUGCUGCAGUUUGGUGCAUUGGCUUUCAGAAGAUUCAGGGUCAGAGCAUUACAAUUUUGGGAGAUGUUGUCCUAAAAGACCAAAUCUUUGUUUAUGAUUUGGCCGGUCAACGGAUUGGAUGGGCUAACUAUGACUGUUCGAUCUCGGUAAACGUGUCUGCAACUAGUAGGACUGGGAGAAGUGAAUAUGUGAACGCUGGGCAACUCAGUGAUGGCAGCUCAAUUCACAAUGAACCAUACACGUUGUUAUUAGUCAGCAUAAUGGCUUCCAUCUUGCACGAAACAUUUCCGAGUAUCUUCCAGUUUUUGUAGCAUUCGGUGCCAAGAAACAGAAUGGAACCAAUUUCUACCAUUCUUUGUUCCAUUGUGUAUAUUGUUACAUUGUUGGUUCAUAUUUAUACAACCGGCCUACAUAAUGUUAUUUUAUUCA